ACGAGCUAGUGACGUACUUAGAUGUAGAAGUGGAGAAGGGAAAGACGACGUUUGAUCUUCCGUGAUUGAAAAAAAUAUAUAUAUAAAUAUAUAUCCUGUUAUUUUUUAUCUCUGGUUUAAAGCCCGUGAUCCAUUUUGGAUUAUGAAUUAUUGUUUAAGACGUACAGUCGUGUAAAAUAGGGAAAAAUUGUAAAAUUACAGGAUGGCUAUAGAUGCAUUUUGGCAACAACUGGGACACGGUUAGCGGAUGGAUUGUUUAGUGUCAAUCAUGGAGUAUUGAUAUCGCUUCUACUGACAAUUCAUCGAUAAAGGUUAAAAUUUAAAUAAAAAUGGAAGUAACUGCUCAGACUCACCGGACUUCUACGAUACAAGCUACUAGUAAUACAGAUAACAUCCCUUCUGCAACUCGUGGACCAGAAUGUUCAGGAUGUCAGAAGCCAAUUCGUGAAAGGUACUUAUUGAAGGCACUGGAUCAGUUAUGGCACGAAGAUUGUCUCAAGUGUGCCUGCUGCGACUGCAGACUCGGAGAAGUGGGAUCGACUCUAUUCACAAAGGCCAAUCUCAUUCUAUGUAAGAGAGACUACCUCAGACUCUUUGGCACAACAGGCCUUUGUUCAGCUUGCAACAAAACAAUUCCAGCCUUUGAAAUGGUCAUGAGGGCUCGAGGAAACGUUUAUCAUUUAGAAUGCUUUGCUUGUCAGCAAUGCAACCACAGGUUUUGCAUCGGCGACAGAUUUUAUUUAUACGAUAAUAAAAUCUUGUGCGAGUACGACUACGAAGAGAGAUUGCUCUUUGCUGCCAUGCCAUACACUUAUAACAAUUUAGCUCAUCUAAAGCGACAAACCCAGGAGCUGGAAGGUGGUAUAAGAGACGACAGAUCGAGUGGAUAUGGAAGUGGAGAUUCACCAUACGAUGGACGGUAAAAAUACAAUUAAAAAAAAAUAUACAGGAAUAUCGCAUUUUCGGGUAGUGUUUCUUUUGCCCAGGAACUAGUUCUAGGCCAAGAUGAAUUGGGAUGGACUUGUACCCAUUCAUGGACUAUACAAGUAAGUCAUAUGGACUGAAAACAAAAAAAAAAAAACAACAGUAGAAGUAAUCAUCUGGUUUCUAUGUGAUUUUUGUCUGUAAUUUUCUCUAUAUUUAAAAGAAACCAAAAAAAAGCAACCAGAUAAAAAAAAAAGUGUUUAGCUUAAACUACUUCUAGAGACUGUAUUUAUAUUGUAAACAAUAAAUUUUUCCGUUCAAAAUUA